AUGAAUAAGCUCUACUUUUUCCUAUGCAUAUCAGCGGGUAUCUUACAUAUCGUCGUUACUCAAGAAAACGUAACGAGAACAGUCGUCACUCAACAAAACGUGACAAGAGCAAGCCCAAUUGAAAAAAGAGUGUUCAAACCUGAGGCGACGCCAACCUGUUCGGACCAGAACUUUAACACAAAAUUUUACGUGGGGCUACAGAAACCUCUGAGACAUCAUUAUUGUGGAGGCACCCUUCUGAACGCCCGUUGGGUUUUAACCUCCGCCCAAUGCCAAACAAAUGGCCUCAUUGCUGCUGUUGGAAUUAACGACGUAUUAGAUGUUGAUGUCUGGACAGAGGUGGCCAGAAUGUUUCCAUACCCACAUUGGAACAAGAAAACUAAUGAGCAUGACAUUGCCAUAUUUGAGCUUGCUGAUCCUAUUCAACCCAAUAAAGUUGUUGAAUAUGUGCGUCUGCCGGACAGGCUUUUGGCAUCUUAUGAAAUUGAAUUUGAAGUAUGCCGGGAACCAUACUUCAUGGGUAUCACAUACAGAGACGGCGAGUCUAAACGGGACCGUCUAUUAUGUGAAGAUGCACUCCACAUAGAGCCUUGGGACGAUUGUAUUGAGAAAUAUGGAUCUAUUCAUCUCAACACUUUGUGUGUCUCAUCAUAUUUUGAAGAAGCAGACGUGUGUAGAGGAGAUCUUGGUGGGCCAAUGAUGUGUGAAGAGGUUCAGUAUGCAGUGAUCAGCAGCCAACGUUGCAAAGGUGACAAACCUAUCACUUUCACAAGAUUAGAUCCCUACUUGGGUUUCAUUAAAGUAGGCAUGCAACGAAGUGCAUCUCAGAAGAUGUAUAUGAAUGGAAUGGUUUUUGUAUUGUUACUAUUGUAUAACACAAUAAUUAUGAUAAAAUGA